UGGUUCCCUUUAAUUGCGCAAAUCCCUAAAAAUAGUUCUUCAAUGAUCCAAACCUCCAUAUUUCAAACUUUGAAAAUAUCAAAUCUCAUAUUGACUUCUACAACACGACUCAUUGUCUGAACUCUCAACUCUCAAUUAUAUAUAUAUAUUCCCGCCAUUCUCAGCAACUCACUCCCGCUCUCUCCCAACCAAAACCUAGAAGAAACCAAAAAAUGUCGUCUCACAAAUCUGCUAAUUCCAUCGCCUCACUUGUCGUAGAAGGCGACGCUACUCCCGGAGAAGUUCACCUAAUCAUCGGUCCAAUGUUUGCUGGGAAAACGACCGCUCUUCUACGGAGAGUCAGAUCUGAAGCUAAUAACGGAAGAAAUGUUGCGAUUAUCAAAUCGAGUAAAGAUACCAGAUACGCGGUUGAUUCGGUCGUAACUCAUGAUGGUACUAAAUUUCCUUGCUGGCCAUUAACGAAUCUCUCAUCGUUUAGAGAUCAAUUUGGAUCAGAUGAUUAUCAAAAGUUGGAUGUAAUUGGGAUUGAUGAGGCACAAUUCUUUGAUGAUCUAUAUGAUUUCUGCUGCAAAGCAGCAGACCAAGAUGGCAAAAUUGUUAUAGUUGCUGGCUUGGAUGGUGACUAUUUAAGAAGGAGCUUUGGUUCAGUACUUGAUAUCGUGCCACUAGCUGAUUCCGUAACGAAAUUGACAGCUCGGUGCGAGAUUUGUGGGAAACGGGCUUUCUUUACAUUGAGGAAAACCGACGAAAAGGAGACUGAGUUGAUCGGGGGUUGCGAUUUGUAUAUGCCUGUUUGUCGUCAACACUUUGUUAACGGACAAGUUCUUAUUGAUUCACAAGGCAAAGAUUAGCUAAGCUCCAACCCUUUCAAAUUGAAGCCAUAUUAUUAGUUGUAUGCUUGAUGUUUCUUCCUUAUAUCAUAUGCCUAUUAUACCCUUUGUCUUAUAGUAUUGACCAUAUAAGAGAGGGGCAUUUUGGUCUAAUUAGAUACAAUACAAGUUGUUUAAGCUAUUGUAUCAAACUAUUUUCUUUUCUACUAAGAUAAGUAUCCAAAAGUAAAUGCAUUUGAAUAAAUUCAUCUCAUAAAUCAUUGUA